AUGGGUGAGGCGUGUGCUGGGGUCCCAGCCUCCUCAGCCUCUCUCUCUGCCCACGGGGGGCAGCACAAGGGCUGCUGCGCCAGCAUUGUGCUGACGAUGAGCCCCAAGAAGGACCGGCUGAUCGUCACCGAGUGCCAGCUGGCCCACAACCACGCCCUGUGCCCCAUCGAGUUUGCCUACUACUUCAAGAAGGGCUACCUGAUGGCCAACUCAUGCCUGCCGGUGCGCACCACCACCACGAUCUCCAAGCAGUUUGGGGGGGGGGCGGACGUGCAGCGCCUGCUUUCCUACUGCAAGAGCCGUGACCACGGGGUGCUGGACGGGCUCUUCGCCAGCAACCCCAGCGCCAUCCUCAUGGAGGACAAGGUCAUCGUCCAGACCAUCUUCUUCCUGAGCUCGCGCAUGAUGGCGCUGAGCCGGCGCUUCCCGCUCAUGCUGUUCUUGGUGGGGCUGAACGAGGAGUUUGACCUGUAUUCGGUGCUGUGUGUGGACGGGGUGGGGCGCGGCCGCGAGGUGGCCUACUGCGUGACGCAGCGGGAGACACCCGACCUGCUGCGCUUCACGCUGGCCUCGCUGGUGCAGAGCGUGCCUGAGAUCAAGCUGCAGGUGCGGUGCAUCACGCUGGGCGUGGAGAUCACCCACCUGGAGGCGGUGAAGGAGCUGCUGCCCAAUGCCCGCGUGCAGAUCUGUCGCUCCCAGGUGCUGGAGACACUCUUCAGCAAGGCGCAGGAGCUGGGUGCCGCCGAAGAUGAGCGCAUCUGGCCCCUGCUCUGCCGGCUGGCUGCAGCCACGUCGCCGGCCGCCUACCAGCAGGCAGUGCAGGAGAUGAAGGCCAUUCUCCCCCAGCACUUCGUGCGCUACUUCCGGCGCCAUUGGCAGCUGCGCAGCGAGAUGUGGGUGCAGUUCUGGGCCUUUGAGACGGCCCGCAACGUCAACGCCUGCGAGCUGCUCAAGCAGCACCAGCGCUGGCUGAGGCCAGCGCUCAGCCCCUCGCCCACCGUGGCCCAAUGCCUGCUGGACCUGCUGGCCAUGCAGGUGGGCAGCGAGGCCCAUGAGCUGGACGAGGGAGAGCUGGUUUUCCUUUUUGACCCUUCCUGGCUUACAGCUCCUCCCUCAAUUCCCUCGUGCUCUGAUGGCUCUGUGGUUUCCUUCAGGGCCAAAUCUGGGGCCGCCCAGCCUGGUGCCCACUGCUGUGGUGCCAGGGCUCUGAGUCAACGGGUGCCAUGCCCCCACCCCUCUCCAGCUGCUGGCUCUUCUCACAGUCUCGGCAUUCAUUGCUUUAAAAAGUCCGUCUCUAGCGGCCUGGGUGUGUGGAAAAGAUCCCAAAGUGCCUAUAGCGUAACCAGUGCAGGGACGUCUGCCUGGGCAGCUGGAGAGCUUGGCCCCACUCAGCUAGGGGAGGUGUGA